GCGCGGAGGCGGGGCUGCCGCGGCCGGGCCGCCGCCGGCUGAGCGGGCGGAUCCGCAGCGCUUUACGGCGCGGGCGGCGCGACAGUUCCUGGAGCCUCGUCGCCUGCACCCUCAACAUGGCGUCGGGCAGCGGGACUAAGAACUUGGACUUCCGUCGAAAGUGGGACAAAGAUGAAUAUGAGAAACUUGCAGAGAAGCGGCUCACGGAGGAGAGAGAGAAGAAAGAUGGCAAACCAGCUCAGCCCGUCAAAAGGGAACUUCUGCGGCACCGAGACUACAAAGUGGACCUGGAAUCAAAGCUGGGGAAAACCAUCGUCAUCACCAAAACUACCCCUCAAUCAGAGAUGGGAGGGUAUUACUGUAAUGUAUGCGACUGUGUGGUGAAAGACUCCAUUAACUUCUUGGAUCACAUCAAUGGCAAAAAACACCAGAGAAAUCUGGGCAUGUCCAUGCGGGUGGAGCGCUCCACGCUGGACCAGGUGAAGAAGCGCUUUGAGGUGAACAAGAAGAAGAUGGAGGAGAAACAGAAAGACUAUGACUUUGAGGAGAGGAUGAAGGAACUCCGUGAGGAGGAGGAAAAGGCGAAAGCCUACAAGAAGGAGAAGCAGAGAGAGAAGAAAAGGAGGGCAGAGGAAGAUUUGACAUUUGAAGAGGAUGAUGAAAUGGCAGCUGUGAUGGGUUUCUCUGGUUUUGGCUCAACCAAAAAGAAUCACUGAGCAGCUCUGGACUCUCCUCUUUGUUAAAACAGAUUGUUUUUACCCAGGAGACUCUGGAUAAUUCUUUAAAGACUUGACUGAGGACUUGUAUGUAAAUCUCCCAGUAGAAGUUGGCCGGAGGAGUCGAAAACUGAUUCCAUGCUCUACCUGUGCUGCAGAACAAGCUCCACUUGUCAUUAGCUUCCCAUCUCCUUCUGUGUCCUAGAUCUGGCUGCUCAUCAAUGCUCUUUGGCCUUGUGUGUGCAGGGAAAUGCUCUGCUGGGUACAUUUUAGUGUCAAUAAAGUGCAGCAGUUCUGUA